AUGAACCCGCACAUCUCUGUCCCCCGCCAACAUGCUGGGCCCCCCAAUUUUGGGUCCACGCCCAGCCGCGGGUCCAGCGUGCGCAUGCCGCGCUUCUUCAAGAGACUCUUCAAGUUUCCCCAGAUGGACUUUGAAAUGGCCAUCUGGGAGAUGACCUCCUUGUUGAUCGCGCCCAAGAAGGUCUUCAAGUCCAUAUACUACCAUGUAAGCGUCCCCCCUCUCCGCACCAGGCCAGGUCAGACCAUGAACUGUGCAGCCAUUGCUUGUCCGGAAACCAUACUGAUUACAUCCGGACAUGAACAGAAACAAACGAAAAACACAUGGCACCGCCCCGACCCAUCCUUCACAUACGUCCUCUCGUUCUUCCUCCUUCUCACCGCGCUGGCCUGGGGCCUCGCCUACACGCCCUCGUUCGGCGCCAUCGUGCGCCUCUCGCUGCUGUUUAUCUUCGUGCAUUUCAUUGGCUCCUCGCUGCUCAUCUCCGCCAUCGGCUACUUCGCCAUCGGCCGGCUCUUCGGCCCCAAUGGCCCCGCCGCCUCGCUAGCAGGUCUCCGGGGCUCGCGCGGCCGCCGGCGGGGCGCUGCGCAGGGCCUGUUCGUGCAGCCGGGGGAGAAGGACCAGCUGGAGUUUGGGUACUGCUUCGAUGUCUCCAAUCGUGCAUUCUUCCCCCUGUACCUACACCUCUAUGUGGUCCAAUUCCUGCUUCUCCCACUCCUCACGCGCAGCCCGAGCAAUUUCCUGGCUACCUUCCUCGGCAACUCCCUUUACCUCUCCGCCCUCAUUUACUACACCUACAUCACCUUCCUGGGAUAUAAUGCGCUGCCUUUUCUGCACAACACCGAGCUCCUGCUCAUCCCGAUCCUCUUCUUCGCUGCCCUGUGGCUGGUCAGUUUGAUUGCCGGUUGGGGCGUUGUCAUGCAGGGCCGGAGCGUCGAGGGCUUGUUCUGGGGCGUGUAG